UGAACAAAGUGUAAAUGUGGAGAAACAAAUUUGAAAGUGCAUCGUGUUGACAGAUGUUGAUUGUGUCUGAGCCCUACACAAUAUAACUGAGUAUGACCUUAUGUAUGUGCAAGAACCGUGUCCUAUGGUUCAGGCCCAGAAUGGCUGCGCUACGUCGUCUGGGGCAAUGCCCCUCCACGGGCAUCCUUAUCUCCCAGCUUCACACGAGCAGCCGUGCCUCUGCCAAACAACAUUACAAAAUGCUUGUUCUUGGAGGAGGAAGUGGGGGCAUUACAAUGAGUGCACGGAUGAAGAGGAUGAUGGGAGCUGAGAAUGUGGCCGUUGUGGAGCCCAGUGAGAUGCACUACUACCAGCCAAUAUGGACCCUGGUUGGUGCCGGUGCAAAAACUGUCGCCUCAUCAGGUCGUCCCACUGCAAGUGUUAUGCCGUCUGGAGUGAAGUGGGUGAAAUCCAAAGUUCAGGAAAUAAACCCAGACACAAAUACUGUCCGGACAGAUGACGGGACUGAAAUCUCCUAUGAAUAUCUGAUUGUGGGUCUUGGUUUACAACUCCAUUAUGAGAAGAUCAAAGGACUGCCAGAGGGGUUUGAACAUCCAAAGAUAGGGUCAAACUACUCAGUCCAAACUGUGGAGAAAACAUGGAAAGCCUUGCAGAAUUUCAAAGAGGGCAAUGCUGUGUUCACUUUCCCAAAUUCUCCUGUGAAAUGUCCUGGAGCUCCACAGAAGAUCAUGUAUCUAUCAGAUGCCUUUCUCAGAAAGACAGGAAAAAGGGAAAAGGCCAAAGUAAUAUACAACACUUCCCUACCUGUGCUUUUUGGGGUCAAGAAAUAUGCUGACUCACUGUGGGACGUCGUGAAACGUCGUGACCUACAAGUGAACCUCAGGCAGAACCUGAUUGAAGUGCGGGCAGACAAGCAAGAGGCUGUGUUUGAAAAUCUUGAUAAACCAGGUGAAACCAAAGUGAUUAAGUAUGAAAUGCUUCAUGUUGCACCACCAAUGGGACCCCAUUUGGUGAUUAAAGGAAGUCCACUGGCUGAUGAGGCUGGAUGGUUGGAUCUCAACAAAGAGACCCUACAACAUAACAAGUAUCCCAAUGUGUUUGGGAUUGGUGACUGCUCUAACCUGCCCACACCAAAAACUGCUGCAGCUGUCGCGGCACAGUCUGCUAUCUUGAACAGAACGAUCAGCAAAGUACUGAAAAAUGAGAAGCCUGAUAAGAAGUACGAUGGGUACACGUCGUGUCCAUUGGUCACAAGCUACAACACAGUAAUUCUGGCAGAGUUUGACUACAAUUUACAACCACUGGAAACAUUCCCCAUCAACCAAGCCAAAGAAAGGAGACUAAUGUACCACUUGAAGGCUGAUGUGAUGCCUCACCUCUACUGGCAUGGGCUUCUUCGGGGCCUGUGGGGUGGACCAGGACCUUACAGGAAAGUCUUUCAUCUGGGAAUGAAAUGAAACAUCACUAUCAGUUUGCAUAUUUAAACUUAUGCAACAAAAAUGAAGUGAGAAAAAAAAUGCAGUGAUAAUACAAUAGCC